CGCUAUCACCGUAACAACCAAUCACAGCGGAGCAGACCAAUCGUUGCCGAGCAACACAAUGACCAAUCACGGUAGACCUCUGUGCGGCUGACGUGGAAAACGUCUUCCGUUGCCCCGGUGAUACAACCUAGCUGCAAGACGGUGGUCUCCCAGCAACGUAGUGUAAAUAUCCAGUUAUAUUUUUAUUCUAUGUAGUAUGAGAGAGCAGCAGAGAAAUGAAUGAAACAUCAGUUAGUUAAAUACAAAGACUGGGACUGCACUAGCUGAUCCAAUAUUAGCAACAUAGCACGGGCGAAUUACAGGCUCACAGCUGAUGGUUGCUUGCUAGCCAAUGGGACUAUUUGACAAGUUGGUCGGAUGGCUGGGCUUAAAGAAGGAGGUGAAUGUGCUCUGCCUGGGCCUGGACAACAGUGGCAAAACCACCAUCAUCAACAGACUCAAGCCUUCCAAUGCCCAGGUGCAAGACAUUGUUCCAACAAUUGGCUUCAGUAUAGAGAAGUUCAAGACAUCCAGUCUUUCAUUUACCGUCUUUGACAUGUCUGGUCAAGGCAGAUACAGGAAUCUUUGGGAACAUUACUACAAGGAAGGGCAGGCUAUCAUAUUUGUCAUUGAUAGUGCAGACAAGCUAAGAAUGGUUGUAGCCAAAGAAGAAUUGGAAACAUUAUUAAAUCAUCCCGAUAUUAAACACAGGAGGAUCCCCAUCCUUUUCUUUGCUAACAAGAUGGAUGUCAGAGAUGCUCUGUCUUCUGUCAAGGUCUCACAGAUGCUCUGUUUGGAGAACAUCAAAGACAAGCCCUGGUACAUCUGUGCCACGGAUGCUAUCAGAGGAGACGGUUUACAAGAAGGAGUUGACUGGCUGCAAGAUCAAAUUAUACAAUCAAAUCAAAACAAUGAAAACAUGAGCGCAUGAGGAGCAACCACCAGAAUAAUCACCAUUACUCGCACAUAUAUAUAUCUUUUAAAUAACUGUUUUGCUGUUUUUGAGGCACCACUUGAAGUAGAUGCUGUGUCUGAUUACAUAUAAGUGUUAAAGCAAGAAAUGCAAAUGUCCAAUAAGCAAGUCUUGGUAAGAGAAGUGCACAAAAAGCAGCAGGUGAACUCGGUAAAUGCUUCCUAUGACAUUUUUAAGAUUUGUGAAGAUGCAAUGUUAUUUGGGUAAAUUUUACUUUAUUGUUAAACCAGUGGGAAUCAGAAGAAGAAAGAGGCAAAAUGUGUUCAGAUUCCUGCCUUUUCCAAAACUACAUUGGCUGUUUUAUGCUUACACUAAUAACAGCCAUUUUGUCCUCACUACAGAUAAUUUAGAAUGGAGCUCUGCUCAAUUUUAAGCAAAGUUUCUCUAGGAUAAUAA